CCCACAUAACACUCCCCCUCCUGCGCUCGGAGCCACCCCUCUCCCCUCCCUCCUGCAAACACCACCGCCUCCCUGCCACCGCCGCCACCUCGCUCGACGCUCCGCAGCUCGCCGCGGCCGGGGGGCGGUGCGCCGACCGUGCGCGCCGGGGGCGCCAGAUGUGCAGUCCCUGCCGCCGCCAGUGACCCAGCCGCAGCCUUAGCGGGAGCGGGCCGCCUCGCCAAUGCUGCGGGGGCGACCUUGAGCGCACCCCCGGCUUCCCACUGCGGGGACCCCGACACCCCGAGCGUUGUGCCGGGUCCUGCCCUCUGCAGCCCGGCUUUUGGACAUGGAAGGGGCCGCUGCGCCCGCGGCUGGGGACGGCCCCGACCUGGGGCUGGGGGCGCCGGGUUCUCCGCCCGAGGCGGCGGCCGGGGCGACUGCAGCUCCGGCUGUGGCUGCGGCCCCGGAGCCCAGGAAACCGCACGGGGUGAAGCGGCAUCAUCACAAGCACAACUUAAAGCACCGCUAUGAGCUUCAGGAGACCCUGGGCAAAGGCACCUACGGCAAAGUCAAGAGGGCCACCGAGAGAUUUUCGGGCCGAGUGGUUGCUAUAAAAUCCAUUCGUAAGGACAAAAUUAAGGAUGAACAAGACAUGGUUCACAUCAGACGGGAGAUUGAGAUAAUGUCAUCCCUCAACCAUCCUCAUAUCAUCAGUAUUUAUGAAGUGUUUGAGAACAAAGAUAAGAUUGUGAUCAUCAUGGAAUAUGCCAGCAAAGGGGAGCUGUACGAUUACAUCAGCGAGCGGAGACGCCUGAGCGAGAGGGAGACCAGACACUUCUUCCGGCAGAUCGUCUCAGCUGUGCACUAUUGUCACAAGAACGGUGUGGUCCACCGGGACUUGAAGUUGGAAAAUAUACUGCUCGAUGACAACUGCAAUAUUAAGAUUGCUGACUUUGGGCUUUCCAACCUGUAYCAGAAGGACAAGUUCUUGCAAACAUUUUGUGGGAGCCCCCUCUAUGCAUCCCCUGAAAUCGUCAAUGGGAGGCCUUACCGAGGGCCAGAGGUGGACAGCUGGGCCCUGGGCGUGUUGCUUUACACCCUGGUUUACGGAACGAUGCCCUUCGAUGGUUUCGAUCACAAAAACCUCAUCCGGCAGAUCAGCAGCGGAGAGUACCGGGAGCCGACGCAGCCCUCAGAUGCUCGAGGACUCAUUCGGUGGAUGCUGAUGGUGAACCCCGAUCGCCGGGCCACCAUUGAGGACAUUGCCAACCACUGGUGGGUGAACUGGGGCUACAAGAGCAGCGUCUGCGACUGCGACGCCCUUCACGACUCCGAGUCCCCGCUCUUGGCGCGGAUCAUUGACUGGCACCACCGAUCCACGGGGCUGCAGGCUGAGGCGGAAGCCAAGGUGAAGGGCUUGGCCAAACCCGAGGUCAUGCUGGAGCGACAGCGGUCGCUGAAGAAAUCCAAGAAAGAGAAUGACUUUGCCCAGUCUGGCCAGGACUCGGUGCCCGAAAGCCCUUCCAAGCUGAGUUCCAAGAGGCCCAAGAGCAUCCUGAAGAAGAGAUGCAACAGUGAGCACCGCUCCCACAGCACGGGCUUCAUCGAGGGGGUCGUGGGUCCCACCUUGCCCUCCUUUAAGAUGGAGCAGGACUUGUGCCGGACUGGUGUGCCCCUCCCCAGCUCCCCCGAAGCAGAUGUGCCAGGGAAACUGAGUCCCAAGCAGUCGGCCACCAUGCCCAAGAAAGGCAUCUUGAAAAAGACCCAGCAGAGGGAAUCGGGCUACUACUCGUCCCCAGAGCGCAGCGAAUCUUCAGAGCUGCUGGACAGUACCGAGGCCCUGGGCAGUGGCCUCCCCUCCCCCAGCCCCCCGGACCUGGCCAGGGUGGCUUCUCACAGCCUGUCCUGCCGGAGGAAGGGCAUCUUGAAACACAGCAGCAAAUACUCAGCAGGCGCCACCGACCGGGCCCUCGCCAGCCCCGAAGUGCCCACACUGGAAUCCUUGACAGAGCCCGGUGUCCCYGCUGAGGGCCUCUCCCGAAGCUACAGCCGUCCCUCCAGCGUCAUCAGUGACGACAGUGUCCUGUCCAGCGACUCCUUGGACUUGUUGGAUUUGCAGGAGAACCGCCCCGCCCGCCAGCGCAUCCGCAGCUGCGUCUCUGCUGAAAACUUCCUCCAGAUCCAGGACUUUGAAGGACUCCACAACCGGCCCCGGCCCCAGUACCUGAAGCGGUACCGGAACCGGCUGGCAGACAGCAGCUUCUCCCUCCUCACGGACAUGGAUGACGUGACUCAGGUCUACAAGAAAGCGCUGGAGAUUUGCAGCAAGCUCAACUAGCCCUCCGGGGCCCCGGGGGAUGGGGUGGGUGGGAGCGAGCGAGGGAGGAAGGGCCGCGGGGCUUGUGCUGACAGGCUGGUUACCUCUCUGCUGGCCUGGACAACAGACUGAAAAAGGAUUGGCGCCGUCUGGCUUGGCCAAGUUGACAGCCUUGAGCCAGCACCUAAAAGGGAGAAGCAGGCGCCCAGCCAGUUCUGCCAACUGCUAGUCAGAAUUUGGGUCCUAAUUGGUAUUUGCAUACGGCACCUCCUAGAGGACCAGCUGCCCAGGGAGGGUGGUGUUGGCUGGCGCUUGGUGGGAGUGGGGAGCAGACGGGGAAGGAGGCAUUUCCCUAGAAGUCAUGCGGAUGCUUUGGAGGAGGGCAAGAGAAACCAGGACCAUCUGCUUUGGAUGAGCCCAAAGAGCUUGCUCCUUUGCUUCUAACAUUAGCAAGCUUGAUCUGACUGCAUGGGGCUGGCAAGAUUUCAGCAACCCGGGCUUGAAUUGGUGAUCGAUUGAUAAUGUCUAUUGGGUGUGUUGGUUUCCGUAGCAGCAGAGAGCUGUGAUUGAAUAGUGAUGGCUGCCACGGGAAGGGAAAGGGAGGCAAUAGCAUUCAUGCUGCGACGUACUUGUCAUCUCUGACCUGGCUGAGCCCUGGGAAUCAGGUUAAAGCAUUCUGUGGGAUCUACAUUAACUCUUCCUGCCACCACUGUGGCAUUUGUUAAUUGGCUAAUCUACCUUGAAUGGAAAACAGGGCUUUGGGCAGAGACUGCUCUGAACUCUGCUAGGGACACAGUCAGCCCAUGGUGAUCGUGUCUCCUUGCUGUGUGUCUUGCUCUUCAGCAAGAGAGUGGACAGAGAGAAAGAAGACAGUGUCAGAGGCCGGAACUCUCGUGUAUUCUAGCGCAAAAGGCCUUCUGUGGCCUUUGCACAGUUGAACGGAAGAGGAAGUUCACUUGCAAGGGGCAGCUUGUCUCUUCUCUCAUGUCUUAAUAGUAACUGGAACGCUGCCUUUUGCUUUGGACUGGAGGUGACAUUGCCCACAGUCUCUAAAGGAUGACUGCCUGGCUCAGUUACUGGCUCUGUCCACAGAGAGCAAGUGGUCUCCCAUGCACCCAGCAGAGCGCCCUCCGAGGUGGAAGAGUUUGCUUCUGGGAAUUAGCCCGUAGGUGGAAUAUUUGGAUGAAGAAAGGAAAGUCAGACAGGAGGUGCUUUAUUCCCCAAAUCUAAGGAUUCUGUCACGGUUUUGAACGUUGACACCAACUCCUGGGCUUUAGGGAGAAAGAAAGUUUGAUCCAUUUAAACGAAUAAGGUGUCAGAAGAGCCGAGUGGGUGAGAAGGAAGCAGAGAGGAGAAGAAUAUUUCUUUAGGAGUCAUCCAGAUGGUUCUGGAGGAGGCAGAAGAGAGGUGGCAGGACUCCCUGAGCGCACUGGGAAGCCAGAUCGUAGCUGACAAGCACUCCCACAGGGGACAUCUCGGGGGUACAGUCUCUGAAAUUACCCGUCUCUCUGGGUUGACUCUAGUUUCUAGAGGCUUAGGAAAAUCAGAAUCCUUAUUUCAAGGUGGUCGGUUUCAUAGCCACUUACAGCCGGGAGGACUGAUCUUGGGAUACCGUUAAAAAAACCAGAAUUCAUUAAGAACAUGCAUUAGGAUGACAUCGCCCUUGCCUUCCGGAGAUGGUUCUGGCUUGUGCUUUCCUUCAGGUCGGGCUGAGCCAUGUGCUAUGAGAAGCUGCUUAGUUUCCUUUCAUUCAAUUCCACUCCUUGCUCAACUCCAGUAGAGUUUAAAAGGGACAAAGAUCUAUCGAGGGCAAGUUGUGUUUGGGAGCAUGGGGGUGCGUGAAGGGCACCCUGCAGCCUCUGAGCGCUCGCUCUCUCUCUCUCUCUCUCUCUCUCUCUCUCUCUCUCUGUCUCUCUCUGUCUCUCUCUGUCUCUGAUCUAUAAUCUUUUCUGACCAGCCUCUCCUGCCGCACUGCUGGCCCCAGAUCACACCCGGCCUUGCUGACAGCUGGCGUGUGACUUAGGUGUUAACACCCACCUGCUUACCGGCCAAUGUGUUUUUCCCUUUUGCCAAGUGRUUGCAUCUGCUUAGCAUUUUCCAUGGCUCUAAUCUUUAAGUGAAAAUGACACUAUUAAGGAAAAUCAUUCCGCUCCUGCCUCCCAAACACCUGCAUGUUCUCUUUUGUCAAUAAACUUGGUGCAUCGUGGCAAAGGACAUCCUCCCUUCAGAGGCAGAGACUCAGAGUCCAGACCUGGUCUGCCGCUAGAUGGCUGGUGGCCUUGGGCACUGCAGGAUGGGGGCUGUUCUCCUCUCCAGCAGGGCUGCAGGGUGGGUGGGGUUGGUUGGCCUCUCAGGCUCUGUCCAGUUCCGACAUUCUUCUGACAUCCUCUGGUUUCUGGACGUGAUGUCAACUCUCCUUUCAAGGAAAAAYUUUGAAAGCUCUGCUUCCUGACCAAGCUCUGUCCACCCCACCAGCCAGUCCCCAGCCAAAGAAGUUGUGCUUGGUCCAUUUCCAUGGAGUCACAGGCGAGGACAAUUUGAUGACCUGCUUUGGAAGCAGGGGAUGGGACGUCCGCUCUCCUGGUCCUUCCUUGCCUCUGUGGGGUUGGUUUUUUUUUGGCGUCUUCGUUUACACAUCUGCCAAAGGGGUAGAAUUAUACUUCUUUUUACAGGUAAAUUUCAAGGCAAGAUCAGUUUUCAGGAAGUGCUUCAAGACCCCAGGCAACAGGAAAAUACUAAGUACCCUCUGAAUUUCCAUCCCUGUUACCAGGUGGUGCUUCUUCGAGGAGCACUUUCCAGGGUGAAAUUCAGGCGUUUUGCCCAGGCCUGCUGUCUUGAAUACAAAUGUGAAUGAUCGACUGACUGCUUAUUGCCAAACUGGAAAUGUUCUGUAGGGAUUUACUGGCAUGGUAUCAUUCCUAGGAGAAAAAGGAAAAAAAAAAAAAAAAAAGGGAGAGAGAGAAGGA